CCAGUGACAAGUUCAAACCGCUUAUCAACAUUGCUCCGAGGAGUGAGCGCCAUAUCUCUCAGAAGGUGACCUGUAACCUGCAACCUCUGACCUCGUAUCUCAGCCCUCUCAGAAAUAUUGUAGAUUCUACUUUAAACCAGCAUGACUUCACCACGGAAUGUCGUCCUUGCAAUGGAUGGGAGCGACCAUUCCACGUACGCAUUUGAUUGGUAUAUGAAGAACAUCCAUAAGACCAAUGAUCACGUGAUUAUUGUCCACUGUCCGGAGUACCACGCCAUCAUGCAAGCACCGAUGGUGUUGGCCGACGUCACGGCAGUGACAGAGAUCAUUGCGGAGGAGGAAACAAAGAUCAAAGUGCUGCUCAACGACCUUGGGGAGAAGCUCAGGAACGCUGGGAUUGGCGGGAAAGUGAAGAGCGUGAGCGGCCGACCAGGGGAGGUGGUGGUGCGGGUUGCCGAGGAAGAGGGCGCGAGUCUCAUUAUAACAGGCACUCGGGGCAACGGCACCAUUCGCCGCACCCUCAUGGGUAGCGUCAGCGACUACAUCAUACAUCACAGCCACAUCCCUGUGCUCGUGUGUCGUCGGAAGGAUCAUUCCCACGAACACUAGGUCAAGGCCCUACUCAGUUGCGUCUAUCAGCAUCCGGGUAUCAUGGGUCGUCGGCUAGGAUAUGCUCUGACUGGCGACAAGGAUAUCCGGAUGAUCAAUCUGGUCCAUGGUUUUCUAUACAAAAACAAGAGCCAUCGUGUCUGUAGGUGGGGGUCUUAAGACAUUCAAGACGAUUGGAGCGUCGUUAAGUGAAGUAGAUGAUGUUAUGCCAGAGAGAAACGUUGGGAAAUCUCGGGAAAAUCUCGACGAUCUGGCUUCCAUUUGUCCGUGUGGUAUAGAUAGACGUUGUAAUUGUGUUCACCAACCAACAGAUCGAUAACGUUUGAGUAAGCAGACAAAUUGGAGUUUGGACGACUUGAAUCAAAUUUCCUGGGACAGCAAAGGCGUUCAAACAUAACUCUGUUGACUGUAAUUACAAAGUCUAUCCCUAGGCUUGCACAGGGUCUUGACCAUGAAACAGCCCCCCCCCCCC